AUGACCACGGAAAUCCAGAACCUCAAGGCAUUUGAUCCGUUCGCGGAGGCAGAUGAGGAUACUGGCGACACCAAGGGUCAGACCCAGAACUACAUUCACAUUCGCAUUCAGCAGCGCAAUGGUCGCAAGACUUUGACCACGGUUCAGGGCCUUCCGAAGAAGUUUGACCAGAAGAAGAUCCUCAAGGUCAUCAAGAAGAAGUUCGCUUGCAAUGGCACCAUCGUGAACGACAGUGAGAUGGGCGAGGUCAUCCAGCUCCAGGGUGACCAGCGCAAGGAUGUCCAGGAGUUCCUCAUCGACAAGAAGGAGGGACUUGAGCUAGAUGCCAAGACCAUCAAGGUCCACGGUUUCUAA